GAAGCUUAUCUAAGCGGGAGACGUGCACUUUCUGAAAAAAAGAACACUUUCUAGAUUCCCUCCCUCCCCCAGCUCCACUCUCCAAGGGUUAUUUCACAUUAACACGUUGAGACACACGGCGAGGUGAUGCGGCUGAUCAGAGAGACCUUUCAGUUCCUGGCCCUCAUCUCUCUCACCACUUUCUUCGUCUUGCUCCGGGCACUGCCAACCGGCAAACUGCAGCCGAGCAGUCAGCAGGAAACGAGCAGUAGCAGCACGGGAGGCGAGGUCAAAAGCCAAUCAAUGCCGAGGUCGACUCAGAGGCCCGAGGAAAACAACAAGCUGGAGAGUUGGAAGCAGAACAGCCAGCAACACCACAAGCAGCAGUGGUCACCUCAACAGACGCAGGGCACUCAGGCACAGCCAAAUUUUGGGUCCAACUUGGAGGAAGUGGAUCCUUUCGUCCUGGACCUGAAGAAUUUCCCUGACCUGACAAAUGCAGAUCUUAAUGCUCAGAACCCAAAUAUUCAGGUCACCAUUGAGGUGGUGGAUGAUCCUCAGGCAGAAAUUGAGAUGGAUCUCCUGAAGGGGAACCGCAAUGACUGGUCCAUAUCCUCAGCGGAAUGGCUGUCCUACAAAGACAUCUUCUGGCCCUUGUUUUGGGAGUAUCCAGACUCAGCCGAAGUUGGCAGUUUGGAUUCCUCAAAUGGGAUGGACAGCGAUGAAGACGAUGACUAUGCUGUUGAAUAUGAAGGAGAAGACACAGUCCUAAGCACUUUGGAUGGUGUCUGGGAUAGAAGCUGGCCUUUGCAAAAUAGCUGGUCUUCCAAGGAGAAGUUUAAUUAUGAAUAUGAAGAUAAUGAAGAUUGGAGUGCUUGGUCCCCCUGCACUGUAACAUGCGGCACUGGGAACCAGAAACGCACCAGGUCCUGUGGCUAUGCCUGCACUGCAACAGAGUCACGGACCUGUGAUCUCAAAAGGUGUCCGGGGAUGGAAGAUGAUCUGAACACAGCAACUGAAAAAGCAAAUGGAACAGAGUUGUUUGACUCAGAAGUGGACAGCUGCGACAAAUGGUUGAACUGCAAGAGUGAAUUCCUGAAGAAGUACCUCAUGAAGGCGCUGGCCGACCUCCCGAGCUGUCCUUGCACCUACCCGACCGAGGCGGUGUACAGCGUCGUCAGCGUCCGCGAGGACGGCAAAGGCAGGUUCUUCCGUUGGCGGGACGCGAGCGGGCCCAAGGAGCGCCUCGACAUCUACAAGCCGAGCUCCAAGUUCUGCAUCCGCUCCAUGCUCUCCCUGGACAGCACCACCCUGGCGGCCCAGCACUGUUGCUAUGACGACCAGAUGCGGCUGAUCACGCGGGGCAAGGGCGCGGGGGCGCCGAACCUGAUCAGCACGGAGUUCUCGCCCGAGCUGCACUACAAGGUGGACGUGUUGCCAUGGAUACUGUGCAAGGGCGACUGGAGCCGGUACAACGCGGUGAGGCCGCCCAACAACGGCCUCAACUGCUCCGAGAACCCUCCGGAAGACGACUAUGCGGCCCAGCUGAAGGAAGCGAAGGAGUAUUGAAAAGAAGAAGGGCAAGCAGAGGGUCUCCGGAGAGUCGAGGAUGGAGAGAGAAAAGGACGUUUACUUUUAAAAUAUGGCGAUCUCCGCCGCGAGCCCAACCUCCGACUCCCAUUCGCCAACGGUUGCUCGGCAACGCCAAGUGAGAUGGUGAGAAACUUCACCGGGAUGGCUCUAACACACACACACACACACACACACAUACUUUGUUCAUCUGAAGAGGAUAGUUUCAACCCAUCAAAUGAUUGUGCACAAGAGGAAGAAGGGAUGCAUUUUAAAUCCCGUCACUGCUGUCUUCUGUGGCCCUGAGUGUUGAUGAGAAACGCAUUGGUUCAGGCACACGCCCCCACCCCUAUUCUGUGGCUUAUUCAGUUAGCCCCUCAAAAAUUCAGACUUCUCCCUCUGUCUCAUUUACUCCUUCUUGCCCUCUCUCUUCCCCACCUGCUUUUGUUCAUCCCCCCAGCCCUCUCUUUCUCUUCCUCCUCUCUAACCCUCUGGCUUGCUCUCUUACUCUUCUCGCUCUUUACCUUUUCUCUCACACAGAGAAUUCCUGGUUCUGGCUUUUCCCAGUUCCAGUUCUCACUCUGGCUAAGGAGAGUCUUGGCAUUUCGGAUCACCUUCCAAACAAAAAUCCAGCGAAUCAUCAGUGACCUUCAUCUCGCUGAUUUGGGCAUGGGGUGAAGAAUGCUAAUUGAUCUGUCCAGGAUUCUCUCAAAAGUCUGAAUACGAAGUGGAUAGUGUCGGUGGGAGGUUGUAGGGAAUUCAAAGAAUUAUCAUCUGUGGUUGAUGAUCCAUGGGAGAUGCCCGAGUGCAAAUUGACAGUUGCAUCUCUUGCAUUCCAGCAAUGGCUACAGUCCAAAAGUAUUUCAUUAGUUGUAAAACACGUUUAUCGAGUCAUACAGUACGGAUGUUCUGAGAUUGUAACAAAAAUAGAAGUUACUGGAAAAGUUCAACAGAUCUGGCAACAUCCGUGAAGAAAAAUCAGAGUUAAAGUUUUGGGUCCUGUGCCAGACAUAUUGAGCUUUUCCAGCAACUACUGUUUUUAUUUCUGAUUUAUAGCAUC